GUCUGGUAGGUUGGACGUGAAGUAAUUGGUUGGAAUGAAAGUGACCCCGAAGUGGAAAUGUCCGUGAGAACUGUGCUGGCUGUGACUGUCAUCUCCUGCCUCCCUGCCCUGAGUGGAUCCACCGUGAUCCAGGCAGGUGCUGGCACAGAUGUGCUCCUGCCCUGCAGUGUGCAACACCAAGACGGCUUCAAUCUUUCCGACGUCACUAUCAACUGGGAGCGUCCUGACACCAUCGUGUAUAGCUUCUACUAUGGCAGUGGACGGCUAGAGCAUCAAGACAAGGCGUUUAGGGGCAGGACCCAGCUCUUCCCAAAGGAAUUUUCAAAGGGCAAUGCCUCCCUCCUACUGCAGAGAGUCAACCCAGCUGACACCGGGAAUUACUCCUGCAAUGCUGUUCUUUGGGCCAACACCCAGCACACUGUUCACACAGUGUCACUCCGGGUGACAGCCCAGAUGCAAACGCUGAGUGAAGGAGCCCUGAGCACUGAGAAACCCAGAGUACCUGUGGCUUCAGCUUCCAAUGAAUCUCCGCUGCACAUGAUCUACCUGUUACUGUGACUGCCCUGGAUCAAUGCUUUAAAUGAUGCAAUGUUUGCUUGUAAGAGGAGGUGCUGCAGGAAUCCCUCCAAGUCAUAAUUUAAGCACAUUAAUAUAUGUGUUCAAAUUUUAAGAAUUGGCAUAUAUAUUCAUCUUCUAAAAAGUGUAUGUACAAAGAUGAAUAUAUAUCCCAAUUAUUACAUUAGAACAUAUGUGUGUAUAAGUUCAAAUUAAGAAUCUUGUUGAGAUCUUGGUGCUCUCAAAGUUCCUUUCAGCCCUUAUGGAUCUAUAUUAGAUUUGUUUUUAUCUAGUAGCAGAAUAUGUAAAUCUACAUUUUACAUAUUGCAUAUCAUAU